UGGGAGGACUAAGCCACAGAGCACAGUAACAUUUAAAAGCUCAGCAAACGAAGAGGAGACAGAACAAGAGCUGGAGAGGGAAGCUGAGAGAGUGUGAUGUUGUGGAAGCCAAGUGAAGAAAAUGCUCCAGGAAGGAGGAGAGAGUUGUCAGCUUGGGUUGGGUUGGGUUGAAUGCAACUCAAGUCAUAAAGUAAGAUGAGGACAGAGGCAUGAACCCUUGGAUUUGGCAAUGUGGACCUUGAAAAUAAAAGAUUGGAGACCUUGAAAAUAAAAGAUUUUGUGGAAUAAGAAAGGUAGGAGAGGGCUUCCCUGGUGGCGCAGUGGUUGAGAGUCCGCCUGCCGAUGCAGGGGACACGGGUUCGUGCCCCGGUCCGGGAAGAUUCCACAUGCCACGGAGCGGCUGGGCCCGUGAGCCAUGGCCGCUGAGCCUGCGUGUCCAGAGCCUGUGCUCCGCAACGGGAGAGGCCACAACAGUGAGAGGCCCGCGUACCGCAAAAAAAAACAACAAAAGAAAGAGAGAUGCAGACGGAAACCUGUGUCGAAGUAACCAACUGUUGCAAGUCCUGCUGACCAUGCACCGAAUUCUCAUUUCCUCUGCUGAACUGCUCCAAAAAGUUAUCACUCUCUAUAAGGAUGCCUUGGCAAAGAAUUCACCAGGGCUUUGCCUGAAGAUCUGCUAUUUUGUAAGGUAUUGGAUAACAGAAUUCUGGAUCAUGUUUAAAAUAGAUGCCAGCUUGGCAAGCACUAUGGAAGAGUUUCAGGAACUGGUGAAAGCUAACGGCGAGGAGCUGCACUGCCGCCUGAUUGACACAACUCAAAUCAAUGCCCGUGACUGGUCCAGGAAACUGACUCAAAGGAUAAAAUCGAACACCAGCAAGAAACGAAAAGUCUCCCUGCUCUUUGACCAUCUGGAACCAGAAGAGCUCUCCGAGCACCUUACCUACCUGGAGUUCAAGUCCUUCCGGAGGAUAUCUUUCUCCGAUUAUCAGAAUUACCUCGUGAAUAGCUGCGUGAAGGAGAACCCUACCAUGGAGCGGUCCAUUGCCCUGUGUAACGGCAUCUCCCAGUGGGUACAACUGAUGGUUCUCAGCCGCCCCACCCCCCAGCUCCGAGCUGAAGUCUUCAUCAAGUUCAUCCAGGUGGCUCAGAAGCUCCACCAACUACAGAACUUCAAUACGUUGAUGGCUGUGAUAGGAGGGCUCUGUCACAGCUCAAUCUCCAGGCUCAAGGAGACAAGUUCACAUGUCCCGCAUGAAAUCAAUAAGGUUCUGGGUGAGAUGACCGAGCUGCUGUCCUCCUGCAGAAACUAUGACAACUACCGGCGUGCCUACGGGGAGUGCACCCACUUCAAGAUCCCCAUCCUGGGGGUACACCUCAAGGACCUCAUCUCCCUGUAUGAAGCCAUGCCCGACUAUCUGGAGGAGGGGAAGGUGAACGUCCACAAGCUGCUGGCCCUUUACAAUCAUAUCAAUGAACUGGUCCAGCUGCAAGAGGUGGCCCCACCCCUGGAGGCCAACAAGGACCUGGUGCACCUGCUGACGUUAUCCCUAGAUCUCUACUACACUGAAGACGAAAUCUACGAGCUUUCUUAUGCCCGGGAACCCAGGAACCACAAAGCCCCACCACUAACACCUUCAAAGCCACCAGUAGUUGUGGACUGGGCCUCUGGAGUAUCUCCCAAACCUGAUCCAAAGACCAUAAGCAAACACGUCCAGAGGAUGGUGGAUUCUGUAUUCAAGAACUAUGAUCAUGACCAGGAUGGAUACAUUUCCCAGGAAGAAUUUGAAAAGAUUGCUGCGAGUUUUCCAUUUUCCUUCUGUGUGAUGGACAAAGACAGGGAAGGUCUCAUCAGCAGAGAAGAGAUCACUGCCUACUUCAUGAGGGCCAGCUCCAUCUACUCCAAGCUGGGCCUGGGCUUUCCUCACAACUUCCAAGAGACAACCUACCUGAAGCCCACUUUCUGUGACAACUGUGCUGGAUUUCUCUGGGGAGUGAUCAAACAAGGGUAUCGGUGUAAAGACUGCGGGAUGAACUGCCACAAACAAUGCAAAGACCUGGUUGUGUUCGAGUGCAAGAAGCGAGCCAAGACCUCAACAGCCCCCACAGAGAACAGCACCUCUGUGGGGCCAACGCCCAACCCUUGCUCACUGGGAGCCAAAGAUCUGCACCAUGCACCCGAGGAAGGACCUUUCACAUUCCCUAAUGGGGAGGCUGUGGAACACAAUGAAGAAAGUAAGGAUCGGACCAUCAUGCUCAUGGGAGUGUCCUCACAGAAGAUUUCUGUUCGGUUGAAGAGGACUGUUGCCCACAAGGCCACCCAGACCGAAGCACUGUCUUGGCUUGGCAGUGAGGGCCCUUCCAGUCACUUUGUGCUAUCUUCCCCAAGGAAGACGGCCCAGGAUACUCUGUAUGUACUUCCCAGCACUACAUCUCCAUGCCCCAGCCCAGUCUUGGUCAGAAAGCGGGCUUUCGUCAAGUGGGAGAAUAAAGAAUCCCUCAUAAAAUCAAAGGAGGAGCUCCGUCACCUCAGACUCCCAACCUACCAAGAGCUGGAACAGGAAAUAAACACCCUGAAAGCAGAUAAUAAUGCUCUAAAGAUCCAACUGAAAUAUGCACAGAAGAAGAUAGAAACCCUCCACCUUGCAAGAAGCAAUCAUGUCUUGGCUCAGAUGGAGCAGGGUGACUGUUCUUAGCCCAGAAACUCAAGCAGCACAAACUGCAGAGUGUAUCAGAGAUCUCAUUUACUAAACCUCUUAACACAAAGACCUGGGAAACCUUAGACUGACUGGCUUUCAAAAGGGUACUUUAAAGAAGGAAAGCUGGUUACUCUUUUGUUACUUAAAAGAUUCCAACUGUGUGGUAUGGUUUUCUCUUCCAGCCAGUUGAAUCAAAGGGAGGAAAGCUGAAGAAUGCAAAGUAUUUGCCAUUCAUACCAGAAUUUACCCCCCCACCACCGGGACUAAUAUCAAAAGCAUGAUAAAAAACAUGACUAUAGUUUUCUGACAAGAUAGCUUCUAUGUGGCCUGCCCAGCUGCUGCUUCCUUAGAACUAAAAUCCCUGGAAAAUGAAUUUGUUUCCUUCCCGUUUUUUCCUGAGGCAUUUAUUUUGUUCCAUCCAAAGCUUGCUUAUAGUGGAAAAAUACUCACAUUCCAAAAGUAGAACCGCUUCCUCUAUAUUUCAGCAUUCUUUACAAAUCUGGUUCCCACUUCACUACCUCAGAUCUAAUCAAUUUGCCUUUUCCCCUUCUUCCUCACUACGUUCUAACACACAUGAGGAUAUCUACCUAGAAGAGAACUUCUAGAGAUGUAGCCAUAAAUUUGGGGAGAGCAGGAAGGGACUAUUAAACAACAUGACAUCAUCCAAUUACAGGUCAACUCAUAGUUUUAGUCUGAGUCAUAGAAGAAGUAGCCAAGUUAAGUACCUGGAAAUGUGGCUAUUAGCACCUCACACAUGGCUGCCUAAUUAGCUAAAACAAACAUAACGCAAACAUGAUGUUUGUCCCUCAUAUAAUCUACACUGGAUAGAAUGAAGAAUUUAUGGCUUUUUUAAAAUGUUUAACUCUCAUAUGCCAUCCUAUUUUUUUUUUCUUGAAGUUUCUGAACUGAAUUUGUGCUUGUACUGUCUUCACUAUUAAUACUAUUUAGAAAUAAGCUAAUUGGAUCAGAGGCUUCAAUAACAGCUGACAGCAUGUACAUAUGUACAUAUCAUGUAUAUACAACAUCAGUCAUGCAUGUGGCUUGGAAUUCUGUUUCUUCUUUAGUAAAAUGUGUGAGUUAAACGACUUUUGGUCAUGUACACAAAUUCACGAAGUUCAGUUUGCUACAAGAUCAAGAAAUUGCUCAGAAUGUAAAUUGUAUUGUUUGGCAAAAUCACAAGAGUCCUGUGAGUUUUCUGUUAAGGUUAAUGAUAAAUGGGCUCAUUUAAUUAUCUGGGCAACUAUUCACAAAUUUCUUUGUCAGACUCUUUAUUUCUCUAAAAAAAAAUUCAUAUGAUCAUUUUCUUUUGGUGGGGAGAACUUACCUUCCAUGCUUGGAAAGCCUGACACCAAGCUGACUUAAAGUUCAUACACAAGUUGACCAACUGCCAAGCAUAUAAUCUCAGCAACCAAAAGUUCCAAACCUAAAGCCAACAACACCAAGUCUUAAUCAGAAACAAAUUAUAUAUAUAGUAUAAGCUUCCUUGGAGAAUUCAUAUCAUUUAAGAAGUUUCUUUGAUGAAAGACCAGUUCCCAUUUGCAUACCUCCUUGUACUGAACUGAGCUUUAGUGAAAAAGCUAGUGACUAGCUUUCAGUUAGUGAUUUAAGGAAUCACUUUACACACAAAUCUACUUUUUUCUAAAUCCAAACUCAGAAAUCCCCAUGGCAGGGCUGCUUAGGUCCACCACUUGGUAUAUAAUCCUAUAAGAAGUACUUUGCUACUUAUUUACCUUAUGUGGAACAAAUAUGAGUUUAUAAUCAUCCUUAAAAUUCAUAUUCUUUACCUAUUCUUUUCCUCUGACCAAAGACGGUACAAUGCAAUUUCUUUAAGCAUAGUUAUGAAACACAAUUAAAUUUUUUUCAUUCUUGUUACCCAGGAUCCAAAAUACAGAGCCCAGGUUAGUUUCUAUGUAAAUAAUUUGUGAUCUAGAGGAAUUCAAAAGGUCACAGUCUCCUUAAUUAGUCAAAUUAACAUGGCUAGAAAGUCUCAAGCAUUCCAGAAUUUAUCACUGAAAUGGAUAGGAAGCAGUAGUUUCAUCACAAGUCUUUACAGUCCAGCAAGGGCCAAAUAACUAUAGUGUAUAAAUUAAUAUUAUUUGCUCUGAACUACAUGGGAUUAAUGAAAUCUACAGAAAUAAUAUGAAACAAAUUUUUUGUUCAUCAAGCCUAGGAUACAAAUUUGUGUCUUGUAUCAACUUGAAAUAAAUUUGGGCAUAUAUUUAUCUGCUGAAACAAGGACAAAUCUUGUUAACAACAGUGUCAUUUCUUAUUUUCUUUGGUAAUUGAUUUGCUGUUUUACUGGCCAAAUGUGAAUUUCUGUUUAAAGAUAUAUAAUGUAAAAGAACUGCAAGGAAAAAACAAAUGUACAGAUUGUAAAGGUGGUUUUUUUUUGAUACCUAAUGUAAGUUUUCUUUGUGUAAUAUUUGUAUGAUAAAAGACAUUAGGAUCCCUA